AUGACUGCCACGGCUAUGGCCAGCAAUGUGCAGAAACUUUCCAACACCAAAGAGGAAAGGAAGUUAAGAAAGCCUCUAAUUGAGCGAAAGCGAAGGGAAAGGAUUAACAACUGCUUGGAGCAACUGAAGGAAGCAGUCGUUGGUGCAUUUUGUUUGGACCAAUCUAAACUUGAAAAAGCAGAUAUCCUUGAAAUGACAGUAAAGCAUCUCCAGAAUAUCCAAAACAACAAGAUCAUGGCAGAUUCCAAAGUGGGUCUCGAAGCUCAGCAGAGGUACAGCACUGGAUAUAUUCAGUGUAUGCAUGAGGUUCACAACCUUCUCCUGACCUGUGAAUGGAUGGACAAGACUCUUGGGGCACGAUUAUUAAAUCAUCUCCUGAAAUCCUUACCCAGAUCCAGCGAGGAGACCUGCAAAGCAGCCUUAAGGUCCUCGCCUCCUGCUCACCAGUCCCACACAGUGCAGAAAUCCCCUAUCUGCAAUAAGGGGAAUACCUCAGGGUCAAGUCCAGCUCAGGACCAGUUCUAUCCUGUGGAGGAAAAACAAGCUUUGAACAAUUCAUUUCAACCACAACCAUUAUCUCUCUUUAGUCAGCCUGAUGUGCCACCUUCCAGCCAGAUCUUGCGGGCAAAUUUUUCUCAUAAUAACCCUAGUAUGGGAUCAUUAGAUAUGUGGAGACCAUGGUAA